AAUUUAUGAUUGGGGAAUCAAACAUUUUGAUCGCCAAGCUUGCUGAAAUCACAAAAACUUUGCAGACAAUGAUCUUGCUAGAUCCUCCAUUCCGACCGAGUUGUACUCCCUCUUAUAAAAGUUGGUGGCAAGACUAUUUCCAUCCUUGGUUCCUCGGUAUCAGCAAGCCAGAUCUGCCAAGGAGAGCUCUUAGAACUCAAGUCAAGAGGAAAAUUGCCACUCCUGCAAAUUCCACGGAGGAGAAUACUCCCUUCAAGCAGCGAAGAACCGGAAGUAUCAAGAGGCCAGCAGUGAAACCAUCUGCAGCCAAGAAACUCAUCAAGUCUGCCCCUCCAUCAGAGUCCACUUCUGCCACGGAAACCCGGACUCAACCUAAUAAAACAGAAGAUGUUCCUCUCGAACCUGUUGCCACAGCAGAUCCUAUUGAAGAUAUAUCUGCUGGAAGUGGUGAAAGCAAUUCUUGCUCCUCUCAUACAAAAUCUGGUGAUGGUUCUUCACCAGCCACAAAGGUUAGGGGUUCUAGAUUCUCUUCACGCAUAGCGAACAAAAGCUUUAAAAUAGUUAGACCGAAUGAACUUAUCGAUCUAAGCCCAGAAAAAGAGAAUACCCCUACACCUAUAGCCUCUCCUGUUAGCCAGGUUGAUGUUGAUGACAUUGAGAGUGUUGCUGCUGAUGUUUCCAUGAUUGAUGAUAAUUUGGAGAAUGAGCUUCUUGUCCAGCUGGACAUGUUGAUAGACCCUCCUGCUAAAUUAGGAUCUAUCACAAAUAGUAAAGGGAAAGCUGUUGCUAAAGAAGCGAAUCCAGAUAUCGAUCUCCCUACCCAGAAGCAGAUUAGCUUUGCUAUUAUGACCCUGCAAGAGCUCCUUGAUGGUGAUCCUUCUCAUUUCUGCAAAGUGCUAGACCAACUAACCGCCUUUGAAACGGCUCAGAUCCUUAGUCGAGCUCCACAAUUAUCUUCUACUCAACAAAAGUUCUAGGCAGAUUUCACUACCAUUUAUACACAUUUUAGCAGGAGAUUCUAGGUACUUGAGAACAAAGUAGCGGCUAUAGA